UCGCGCGGCCGCUGGGUGUUGUGUCUGCGCGUGAAUCACGAGAGAAGAGACGUGCGACGCGAAAGAACCGCUUCCUGUUGUUGUAGUUUGAAAACAUGGAGGUCAGCGCCGAGGCCAAGAGGAUUAUGGUCGUGGCUCUGGGGAAACUGUACAGUUCCCGCAGCCAGAGAGGAGGUCUCCGCCUGCACCGGAGCCUCCUGCUUACCCUGGUCAUGAAGUCCGCCCGGGACAUCUACCACGAGGCCCAGGCGACCGCGGAGUGUGUCGAGCCCGGAUGCGAACAACAACACCCCGAGGCGGCGGCGGAAGAGAACACGGAGUCCUCCUGUGGGGAGCUCCAGGGUCCCGCUUCGCUCCGGACUUUACCCCUGGAGGAGGUCGUCGUUUCCCGCAAGGAGGACAAGGAGAACCGGUGCCCGAGCGUCACUGUCCCGGCACAACCGUCGAGGAAGAGACGCGGCAAGGCUGCCGUCGAGCCGUACUUCCUCCCCUGUAAGAAAGCGAAACUGGAGCCGGCGAGUUGCCCCCAGCAGCUGCAUAUCAGCCCGGUUCUCAUGGACUAUGUGAACUGCAGCGGCCUGGGAGCGCACCCGGCCCCCAUGCCCAUACACAGAGCCAUCGCUGCGUGUUGAAACCCAGAACCAGGGGGGGAUAUGAACCUUUCCCACAUGAGCCUGAACGCACCCGACAGCGGGCCAGGACCCGAGGGGUCACAGGGAUGAACACCGCGGGGGUGGUGGAGUCCCCCGGGCCCGGACGUGACUCCGAACAAGCCGGUACAUGCUCCAGGAAUCCCGGAAGCGGCCGACGAGAGGUCCUCGGUGACUUCAGACCCAAAUACGAGCUCAAGUCUGCAGGAGAGCAGCUGAAGUGGUGCUCCACCCGGACCAGGCUCUGAAACGGCCUAAAUGGACAAUACUGAACUCUACAUGAACAUCUGAACGGGCACUUUAAACUCUACUAGAUGUGUUGUUGUGUUGAGGCCUUCGUGCUGACCAGAGAGUGCAAAUGUGUACAAAACAUUCAAUGACUGCAAAUGUGUACAAAACAUUCAAUGACUGCAACUACCUCAGUAUUUAUUAAACCUUUUCUACUUGCCAGUGAAA